AUGGCAGCAGAACAGGCUGGCGCAGAGUAUGAGGCUCAGCAUGUACAUGAUGUAUACGAGCAGAUCGCAUCCCACUUCUCUGCCACCCGCUACAAGCCAUGGCCUGUAAUCGAAAAGUUUCUCAAAGAGUUGACUCCGGGAUCUGUAGGACUGGACAUUGGCUGUGGAAAUGGCAAAUAUCUGACCGUCAAUCCUGAUGUCUUCAUUGUUGGCAGUGACCGCUCGCCCUCACUCAUCAAGUUCGCCUCGGCGCACCAACCACAUGCUGCAGUCGUAUCCGAUAUCCUCGCGCUACCUCACCAAAAUCACUCCUUCGAUUUUGCCAUCAGCAUUGCCGUCCUGCAUCACCUGUCUACGCCAGAACGUCGCGUAGAAGCCGUUCAGACCAUCCUAGACACGCUCAACACCAAUGGCAAAGCAUUGUUGUAUGUAUGGGCUCUGGAGCAGAAAGAUAGCAGAAGAGGCUGGGACGAGGGAAACCAACAAGACACCAUGGUUCCUUGGGUUAUGCGCGAAAAGAAAGAGAAGCAAAAGAAGGAUCGCAAGCAGCAGAACAAGGGAGAUGCUGUUCAACAACCAGAGGCCUCGGCCGAACAAACACAGACGACUGGCACGAGUCUUGAGCCUGCUGGAGACAAGACUUUCUACCGCUACUAUCACCUCUACCAACAUUGA